AUGGGUUUCAGAGGCUACUACCCCACUGAGAUCCCACCUGAGGAGCAGAACCCACUGCCCAACGGGGAGCCUGGCCAGCACUCCCUGGCCCCUCAGAAGAGCCUUCCAGACCUCCCGCCACCCAAGAUCAUUCCAGAGCGGAAGCAACUCUCCGUCCCCAAGAUUGAGUCUCCAGAGGGUUACUAUGAAGAGGCUGAGCCAUACGACACAUCACUCAACGGUCACUGUGGUGGAUUCUCGCCCACUGGAAUCCCCAGAUGGGUCCAGGUGCCCGACGGAGUCAUUUACGCCACGAUCACCUUGGAGGACGGAGAGGCAGUGAGCAGCUCCUACGAGUCCUACGACGAAGAGGAAAACAGCAAGGGCAAGUCGGCCCCCUAUCAGUGGCCGUCGCCUGAGGCCGGCAUCGAGCUGAUGCGCGACGCCCGCAUCUGUGCCUUCCUGUGGCGCAAGAAGUGGCUGGGACAGUGGGCCAAGCAGCUAUGCGUCGUCAAGGACACCAGGCUCCUGCCAGAUGUAACGGAGAAAUACGGGUCGGCCCCGGAAUAUGGGAGCUCCGUAGAUGGCCACCCCGAGGUCCCAGAGGCCAAAGACGUCAAGAAGAAAUGUUCUACUGGCCUCAAACUGAGCAACCUAAUGAAUCUGGGCCGGAAGAAGUCUACCUCGCUGGAGCCUCCGGACAGGUCCCUCGAGACAUCCAGCUACCUGAACGUGCUGGUCAACAGCCAGUGGAAGUCCCGCUGGUGCUCCGUCAGGGACAGUCACCUGCACUUCUACCUGGACCGGAACCGGAGCAAGGUGGCCCAGCAGCCCGUCAGCCUGCUGGGCUGUGAGGUGGUCCCAGACCCGAGCCCCGACCACCUCUACUCCUUCCGCAUCCUGCACCACGGCGAGGAGCUGGCCAAGCUCGAGGCCAAGUCGUCCGAGGAAAUGGGCCACUGGCUAGGCCUCCUGCUCUCUGAGUCAGGCUCCAAGACAGACCCGGAGGAAUUCACCUACGACUACGUGGAUGCCGACAGGGUGUCCUGUAUCGUGAGUGCGGCCAAAACCUCUCUGCUACUGAUGCAGAGGAAGUUCUCAGAGCCAAACACUUACAUCGAUGGCCUGCCCAGCCAGGACCGCCAGGAGAUGCUGUAUGACGACGUGGAAGUGUCGGAGCUGACGGCCAUGGUGGAAACGCUCGAAGCCGCCCCUGUGACAGACGCUCUGAGCGAGCCCCCGCCGGACCGAGUAUACCUGGACCUCACGCCUGUCAAGUCCUUUCUGCACAGCCCCAGCAGUGCACAGACCCGGGCCCACUCCCCACUGCCAUCCCACCUAGACCCCCCAGCCGAGGCUCUCCCUGCAGACCCGGGCCCUGCCCCAGAUGAGCCCCUCGGAGAGCCCCCAGAGAACCCCAAGCUGCAGCAGACGCGGCAGGAGAGUCCGGAGUCUGAAGAGCCUUCCGGGAGACUCGCGACAGUCAAAAUCCAGACCGAACAGAAGAUCUCCUUCCCAUCGAGCUGCCCCGACACUACGGCCGUCCCCCCAGCGGGGGCCAGCCCGCCUGUGAAGGACAAGCUGAGGGUGACCACUGCAGAGAUCAAACUGGGCAAGAAUAGGACAGAAGCCGAGGUGAAGCGGUACACAGAGGAGAAGGAGAGGCUCGAGAAGAAGAAGGAAGAAAUCCGGGGGCACCUGGCUCAGCUCCGGAAAGAGAAACGGGAGUUGAGAGAGACCCUGUUAAAAUGCACAGACAAGGGAGUCCUGGCCAGCCUGGAGCAGAAGCUGAAGGAAAUCGACGAGGAGUGCAGGGUCGAGGAGAGCAGGCGUGUGGACCUCGAGCUCAACAUCGUGGAGGUGAAGGACAACCUGAAGAAGGCAGAGGCCGGGCCCGUGACGCUGGGCACCACUGUGGACACCACCCACCUGGAGAACGUGAGCCCCCGGCCCAAGGCUGCCACCCCCACCCCUGCCCCAGACUGCACCCCGGUCAACUCUGCCACCGCACUCAAGAACAGGCCUCUUUCGGUCAUGGUCACGGGCAAAGGCACCGUCCUCCAGAAAGCGAAGGAAUGGGAGAAGAAAGGAACAAGUUAG